AUGCAGUCUUAUUUGAGGAAUGUUGACACGCCUUCCGGUUAGCGCCGUCUGGCGUUCAGUGUGAUCGUACAGACUCUUUCUUUUUCAUGGCUCGUGGCACAGCUUAGGUCUUGUCACGAUGAAGUUGAACGUGUCGUACCCGGCAACGGGAUGUCAAAAGUUGUUUGAAAUUUCUGAUGAACACAAGCUCAGAAUUUUUUAUGAAAAGCGCAUGGGCGCUGAAGUUGAAGCAGAUUCCCUGGGUGACGAAUGGAAAGGCUAUAUUGUUCGUAUCUCAGGUGGAAACGACAAGCAGGGUUUCCCGAUGAAGCAGGGUAUUUUGACCAAUGGUCGAGUACGCUUGCUGCUAUCCAAGGGACACUCUUGUUACAGACCACGUCGUGACGGUGAACGCAAACGCAAAUCUGUACGUGGAUGCAUUGUUGAUGCUAACCUGUCAGUCCUUGCCCUUGUUAUCAUCAAGAAGGGAGAACAGGAAAUUCCAGGACUGACCGACACUAACGUGCCACGUCGCCUGGGACCAAAGAGAGCUAGCAAAAUCCGUAAGCUAUUCAAUUUGUCCAAGGAAGACGACGUUCGCCAGUUCGUCGUUAAGCGACCUAUUCAGAAAGAAGGCAAGAAGGAACGUCGCAAGGCUCCAAAGAUCCAGCGUCUCGUUACACCACUGACUCUCCAGAGGAAGAGACAUAGGCUAGCCCUGAAGAAGAGACGUUGCUUGGCACGCAAGGAACAAGCUGCCGAAUACGCCAAGCUUCUGGCACAGCGGCAAAAGGAAGCUAAGGCCAGGCGUCAGGAGGAGCUGAAGCGACGAAGGAGCGCUUCUAUGCGAGACUCCAAAUCGUCGAGCCAGUCAGCACCAACUGCAGCCCAAAAGUGAACUGACUGCAAAACAUAUACUUUACAAAAAUAAAAACGGUGUGACCAAACA